AUGGACGAACCUCGGCCCAAACGGCCCAAAAUCUCCAGAGGGGAAGAUGAUUAUUUGCCGGGAAAUAUAACUGAGAUUGAGCUUCAUAACUUUAUGACAUUUGAUAACUUGACAUGUAGACCGGGCCCGCGAUUAAACCUUGUGAUUGGACCGAAUGGGUCCGGUAAGAGUUCUCUUGUGUGUGCCAUUGCCCUUGGUCUUGGGGGUGACCCUCAGCUGCUUGGGAGGGCUUCAAGUAUUGGAGCAUAUGUGAAGCGCGGAGAGGAAUCUGGGCAUAUUAAGAUUUCUUUAAGAGGGGAAACUGAGGAGAAAAUUACCAUUACACGAAAGAUAGAUACAUGUAACAAGUCGGAGUGGCUAUUAAAUGGCAACGCUGUGCCAAAGAAAGAUGUAAUUGAAAUGAUUCAAAGAUUCAACAUCCAAGUCAACAAUCUGACUCAAUUAACUCCAGUGCAACUUUUGGAAGAGACUGAAAAGGCCACAGGUGAUCCUCAGUUGUCCAUCCAGCAUUGCACUCUUGUUGAUAAAAGUAGGAAACUGAAGGAUCUUGAACGAGUUGUCGAGACAAACAGAAAAUCUUUGGAUCAGCUGAAGGCAUUAAAUGCUGAGCAAGAAAGAGAUGUUGAGCGGGUUCGUCAAAGAGAAGAACUCCUGGAAAAGGCUGAGUUCAUGAAGAAGAAAUUACCUUGGUUGACAUAUGAUAUGAAGAAGGCCGAAUAUGUGGAAGCUAAAGAGCAAGCAAAUGAUGCAAAGAAGAAGCUGGAUGAAGCUGCCAAGUCUUUGAAUAAACUUAUGGAACCUAUUGAGAAACAGAAGCAAGAAAAAGCAAUAGAGGAUGCCCAAUGUAAAAGUGUAAGAGGUCUCUUAGAUAGCAAUGGCAAGAAACGUAUGCAACUUAUGGAGAAUGAAAAUCGUUUGGAAGUCCAACUGCGUGGAAAAUAUCAUGAAAUGGAAGAGUUGAGGCGGCAAGAAGAAUCACGUCAAGAAAGGAUCGCUAGAGCUAAGGACAAUGUUGUUGCGGCUGAACUGGAAUUUGAAAACCUGCCUCCUUAUGAACCUCCCAGGGAGGAAAUUGAAAACUUAGGUGCUCAGAUUCUGGAGCUGGAAGAGACUGCAAGGGAAAAAAGAUCACAGAAGUCAGAAAAGGAAAAACUGCUAACUCAAAACAAAGUAAUACUAAGACAAUGCGUGGACAGGUUGAAAGAUAUGGAGAGUACGAAUAAUAAACGCUUACAAGCAUUACGUAAUUCUGGAGCUGAAAAGAUAUUUGAGGCAUAUUACUGGGUGCAAGAACAUCGCCACGAGUUUAAUAAGGAGGUGUACGGUCCUGUCUUGAUUGAGGUUAAUGUCUCAAAUCGGAUUCACGCAGACUACUUGGAAGGUCAUGUUCCUUAUUACAUAUGGAAGAGACAGGGUUUCAUGCGGGAGGAUGCAAGGUUCGAGUUAUCUGGAUUGAACUUUGAACAAUACAUGAAAUUUAGGUUUUUACGUGAUGACUUCAUGCUGACAUCAUCUUUGUACGUACACCAAAACUCAUCCCAAGGCUCGAUUUUCCAUGGUGAUAAUUGUGCUUUGGGUUUUCUUUUGGUUCGAUCUGCACCAGAUAGGUGCAAAUCUACCUUGGGUAUGUUGCUGGAGGUUGCCCAGUGGAUUUUGAUUGUUUUUUGGUGGUUCUUGUGGUCUCGGCACUGUAAGAGGCUGUUCAGGCUUGGGUUUCUGCAGCGAUUUUGGUUUUUGGCUCGAUUAGGUGUGCUAGUUGAUCUUGCAUCAACCUCUGGCCAUUCAACCGACGUGGAAAUUGGUUUGUUGUUGUGGGCUGGUUUGUGGUGGACCUUGUUUUGGGUUGCUCUUGAAAAAGUUGCUUUGCUUCAGAAAUUAUUGGGCCGGACUUUUGUUGAGCUGUUUGCUGGCUAUGUGUUGGGCUGUUUUUUUUUAUUGGCUGGAUUCUUGGAUUUAGUAGCUUGUUGGACUGUUAUCUUGCCGAAACCAUUGUUUUUUGAUGCUGGACAGAUUGCCGACUGA